ACUGCGAGAGUACAAAAUGGCGACGACCAUUUUGUGUCGAUGCGGUCGCACGGUUGCACAACAAAGCUGCAAAUACUCACGUUUUCUUGUCUCUGCCAAAUCUGAAAAGUACUCUCAUGCCGCUCCAAGCGUGAACUGUGCACAUUUAAACUUGCAAUUUCCGUUUGGUAGUAUUGUCACUAAUGCAAGUGCAGUGAGAGGAUUUUCAAGAAGCCGCUGGCUGCAACAUAAUUCGUGCAAUCAAGAUGAGGAUCGUCAGCAAAAAGAGAAAUUAGACAAUCUCGAAAGACCAUGCUGGCGUUGUCAUAAAAUUGUUAACCCAAAAGAGGAUCUUUUCUUCUGCACAUACGAAGACUGCGGGGUCAUACAGCACCCUCUUGAACAAUUGACGUUUUUCCAAAUCAUGGGCAUAGCAAAAUCCUUUGAUAUUGAUACAGUUAGAAUGAGCAAGAUUUACAGAAAUCUUCAAAGACUUAUUCACCCCGAUAAGUUUUCACAAAAAUCUGUUGAAGAAAGAACAAUAUCAGAACAGCAGGCAUCACUCAUCAACAAAGCUUACUUCACUCUGCUCCAUCCCCUCUCUAGGGGUUUAUAUAUCCUGGAAUUGGAAGGCAUAUCUAUUGAAGAGGACAGCAUUGACAUGGAACCAGAAUUCUUAAUGGAAGUCAUGGAAAUUAAUGAGAGGAUCUUGGAAUCAGAUGACGCUAAAGAGGUAGAACAAAUUAAACAGGAGAAUAAAAACAAUAAAGAUAACCUUGUGAAGGAAUUGUCAUUUGCUUUUAGACAAAAUGAUUUUGCACAAGCUAAAAUUUUAUUAUCCAGAAUGAAGUAUUUUGCAAAUAUUGAAGAUAAAGUGAAAGAAUUUGAGCGUGCAAGAGCUGGUGUUGACUUGUAAUGUAGUAUAUACUUUGAGAAUAUAACAAUUAAAAGUGUAGCCUUAUUAUUUUUUUGCUCAUUAGUAACUAAGGCCUAACUUUGUUGUAAGGUCAUAUAUGGCAUUUAGGGAUAUAUAUUUGUGCACAAUAAAAAAAGGUGCCAUUUUAAGUGCAUUAUAUUUAAAGGAAGUAAAUGAUGAAAAAAAUCAAAGAAGCCUUGACAGAACAACAUUUUCAAUUGCUGCUAUAGUUCUGUUAUCUUAUUGUUAUGAAAGUGAAUAGAAACCUAGCAUGUUUCAUAUUUAAUAUUGACUUAAUAAUUGCAUGCAAAUAAUUAUCAUUGACUUCUCAUUGAAAACUGAUCUACACUAACUUUCUGAUGUCAUCUUCAGAGCAUUCAAUAAAAACACUGUAUCAUUUAUUCAUUUGUUAAAUCUUUAACUUAUGACUAGCUAGAAUCGUAGAAUAGAAUUUAAAGAAACUAAUAGGAUGCAAUGUACAGCUCAAAAUGUAUAAAGUA